AAUCUGUUCAAAUAAUUAUAUUAAAAUGGCAUCACUUAAUAAAUUAAGUAGCAAUGAAAUUGGUAAUAUUGAUAGAUAAAUUGCUAAAUUAAGGCAAGGAUAAAUAUUGACUGAACAAGAAGUCAAGAGUUUAUGCAUCAAAGCAAAAGAGAUAUUAUAGGAUGAACCAAACAUCAUUUAAGUCAGAGCUCCCCUUACUAUUUGCGGAGAUAUACAUGGUCAAUUUCAUGAUCUCAUUGAACUCUUUUAAAUUGGAGGAAACCUACCAGACACUAAUUACUUAUUUCUUGGAGAUUACGUUGAUCGAGGAUCACAAUCAGUUGAAACAUUUUCAUUGAUGUUGUCCCUUAAAGUCAGAUAUAAGGAUCGCAUAGUAUUGUUGAGGGGCAAUCAUGAAAAUAGAGAAAUCAAUAAAAUCUACGGUUUUUAUGAUGAAUGCUUUCGUAAAUAUGGUAAUGAAAUCGUAUGGAAAUAAUUUACAGAGGUUUUUGGAUAUCUCCCACUCUCCGCAAUUGUUGAAUAAUAAAUUUUUUGUGCUCAUGGAGGUUUAUCACCUGCAAUGGAAUCUGUAGAUCAAAUUAAAUAACUUAAUAGAGUUUAAGAUAUCCCACACGAAGGAUUGAUGUGUGAUUUGCUAUGGAGCGAUCCUGAAGAAACAAAAAAUGGAUGGGGAAUCUCUCCAAGAGGGGCAGGUUGGACUUGGGGUUGUGAUAUAACAGAAAAAUUCUUACACUCAAAUAAAUUGAAAUAAAUUGCUAGAGCCCAUCAAUUGGUUAUGGAAGGAAUACAAAAGGUUCAUAAUCAAAAGACUAUUACUAUAUUCUCAGCUCCUAAUUAUUGUUAUAGAUGUGGUAAUUAAGCAUGUAUCGUUGAAGUUGAUGAAUAACUUAAGAUGAAUUAGACACAAUUUGAGCCAGCUCCAAGAGAAAAUGAGCCUCAUACAACCAGAAGAGUACCUGAUUAUUUUCUUUGAAAUAUAUAAAUAUGUUAUAUAAUAAAAAUUGCUUUUAAAAGUAAAACUUUCACUAAA